CGUAGCGGGCGCUUCUUCGUCCGUCGCUCGUUUAUUACAAAUCGAAGAAACGCUGAGAUUCUUAAAUAUUCUAUGGUUUUCAGCCGAAUUAUUAUAAAUUAUAUCUGAAUAUUCUGUGCUGUCUAUCGCUUGGAUCACAGCGGACGCGACGGUUGCCUGAGUCGGAGUGCUGGACACACAUGCACGCAGGCACACAUUGAGACUCACUCACACACCUCUCCCGCUUCGGCCAAAAACUAGAAAAAAGACAACAGCUAAAAGUGGUAGUAACAGGCAAGAAGAAGAAGCAGCAGUAGUGGAGGCAAAAAGUGACUUGUUUUUUGUUUGCUUGUAUACGCCGACGUUGGCGUCAACGCUCCGUACCAUUACCGCUCUGUAUCCCCUUUGUCUAAUUGUUGGUAUUAAGAUCGCGGUCUAAGCAAGUGUACUAGUCUCUAGUUAAAGCUACUAGACGCCAGUGCAGUGAAGGCAUUGGCUGUUAACAAUAUAUCAAAAUACGAAACAAACAGCUAUACACACAGUUUUAUAUGUGUGAGCGUGUUGACGAGAAAAGAAAGUGCAAUAAAAACCAAAAAAUAUAAAAAAGGCAAUAAGUGCAAUAUGUAUACACCGUGUUGAAAAGAAAUAAGCAAAGAAAUCACAGUUAGGUCGCCGCGCUUCGAGAGAGAGAGAAAGAGAGAGAACCCGCUGUCACAGAGGGAGGACUUCUAAGAGAGAGAGCAAAAUAAGAUAUCAUUUACACACCGACCUGCUGCAUCAAGAAAUCCGAUUGAGAAGAGUUUCUGCUGCCAUAGGCACAGCCAAUGGCCGAGAAGCAGCAGUGAGAUGCAGUCCCGCUAAGCCAGCACAGUAAGAGAGUGCUCGCAGUUCGCUGGAAACACGGAACGCCAAACAACAAAGUACCGAACGCUGGAAUGUGGCCAAAUCAUCAUUAUAAUCAUCAUCAGAAGCAGCAGCCGCAUCAGCAGCAGCAGCAUCAAUAGUCCAAUCGAUCUCGGCAAAGUCAAUUAAGCCAUCAUCAAGCAUCAUCCCCAUAAGCAUCAGCAUCAAAAUCAACUCCAGCUCCUGAUCCAGAUCCAGCUCCAGCGAGACAGAAAUAUAAGAUGCAGGUGCCCGAUCACGUUGUCUCUCUGUACAUCGCCACCUGCGGCCAGAAUGGACCCGGACUCGGAUCGGACGAGAAGGAGAUCAUACUGCUCGUCUUCGUUCUGCUGGAGGUCGCCACGGGUCAGAUCAUCGGCACCAAACAAAUACUCGUCCGGCCCGAUGGCUACUUCAUCAAGGACCGCACCACUUCGAGCUCCUCGGACAACUCGAACGUUACCAGCAAUACGGCCUGCUCACCGCCGCUGUCCAUCGGCAUUGGCGCCAUCGAUGGCAGUAUCAAUACCAAUGCCAACAGCAGUGCCUCGAGCAGCAUCGGCAGUGGAACGGGGAACGGAAACAGCUCCGCAAACGGCAUCCUGGAGAACAGCAGCGAGCUGAUUCUGCCAAUAGCCGAGGCACAGGCAACAGGCAAGCCGCUCAACGAGGCCAUCGAAGAGUUUGAUGCCUACCUACGCUCUCUGUCGCUGCACGACACGGAGAUCCAGCUGAUUACAGAUGGCCAGCUGCCCCUGCGGCAGUGCCUGCACCGCGAGGCCUGCGCCAAGGACGUGGAACUUCCCGCUUACUAUAAUCGGUUCAGCGACCUGCGCAAAGAGUUCCUGCGCUACAAGUCCGGGGAUCUGUCGCGCGCCCUGGUCCCCGUCAAGGAUGUCAAAAAGAUGCUGCAAUCGCCCACGCUGCCCGUGCCCCAGUCCAUCGGAGAGAUGUUGAACGAGCUCAAUACGGCAUCGGUGGAGGACAACGAUUUUUACAUACGCGAAUCUCGCGACAUGGUCACUGUGAUCCAGACCCUCCUCCAGGCAGGCCACAAAUUCGCCUCAAACGAGCUGGUCACCCUGAUUCUGGAGCCUGGAAUUUGCUCAAUCGACGACGAGGUCGACGGCAACUGCAUCGUGCGCGCCCGAGGACUCCCCUGGCAGAGCAGCGACCAGGACAUUGCCAAGUUCUUCCGCGGCCUCAACGUAGCCAAGGGCGGCGUCGCUCUUUGUUUGUCCCCUCUGGGCAGACGUAACGGCGAGGCCCUGAUCCGCUUCGUCUCCCAGGAGCAUCGCGACAUGGCGCUGAAGCGGCACAAGCACCACAUCGGGGCCAGGUACAUCGAGGUGUACCGAGCCUCGGGAGAGGACUUUCUGGCCAUUGCCGGUGGCGCAUCCAACGAGGCGCAGGCCUUCCUUUCCAAGGGGGCCCAGGUGAUCAUCCGAAUGCGGGGACUGCCCUACGACUGCACGGCCAAGCAAGUGCUGGACUUCUUUACGACUGGAGAGGCGCCCUGCCACGUGCUGGAUGCGAAUGAGGGGGUUCUGUUUGUGAAAAAGCCGGACGGAAGGGCCACAGGAGACGCCUUCGUGCUGUUCGCCAACGAGGGGGAUGCCCCGAAGGCGCUGGGGCGGCACCGCGAGUCCAUUGGGCAGCGAUACAUAGAGCUCUUUCGCUCGACCACCGCCGAGGUGCAGCAGGUCCUCAACCGCUCCAUGGACCCCAAGACAUUCGAGAGCAGCAGCCACAGCCAGCCGCCGUUGAUCGCCCAGCUGCCCACCAUGCAGCUGCCCCUACUGCCCCAGGUGGGUGUCGUCACCCAUGGCCACGCCCAUGCCCCGGUCCCAGUCCCGGUCCCAGCUAACCUGUGCCCACAUCCCCAUCCCCCACAGCACCUUAUCACCUCGGGAACGACAAAGAACUGCAUCAGGCUGCGCGGCCUACCCUACGAGGCCAUGGUGGAGCACAUCCUCCACUUCUUGGACGACUUUGCCAAGCACAUCAUCUACCAGGGUGUGCACAUGGUGAUCAAUGCGCAGGGCCAGCCCAGCGGCGAGGCCUUCAUCCAGAUGGACUCGGAGGACUCCGCGCGGCUGUGCGCCCAGCGCAAGCACAAUCAGUUCAUGGUCUUCGGCAAGAAAUUCCGUUACAUCGAGGUGUUCCAGUGCUCCGGCGACGACAUGAACAUGGUCCUCAACGGCGGCUUGGCCUCGCCCGUCGCCCAGGCGCCGGCCCACCACGGGCACGCCCACAAGCAGCCCUCGCUGCUAUCCACGGGUAUGUUAGCUCAGUCGCCGCCGACCCCAGCCGGCGCCCAGUCGGCACUCUCCGGCUCCCACUCACACACACACUCGCACGCACACUCGCAUUCGCACGCUCAGGGCCACGCCCCCGCUCACCAUGGCCUGCCCACCACCCCAGCCCUCCUGACGCCACUGAGCUCCACCUCAGCAGCUGCUGCGUCCGCCAGCGGACUGGCCUCUUUCAUGGCCUCCCAGCCGUCGGCCGCAGCCGCCGCUGCCGCCCACUCUUCGCUGCAGAACGCAGCCGUGGCCUUGGGUUCCCUCUCGGGCCAGGCUCCACCCGGCUACCCACUUAAUUUCUCGCUGCCGCCGCCCUCCUCCCAGGCGGCCGCCAGCCCCGCCCUUCUAGCCCAGCAACAGGCGCAGUUCAUAGCCCAGCAGAGCCUUUUGGUGCGCCAGCAGGCCGCCGCAGCUCUUGCAGCCGAACAGCAGCAGCAACAGCAGCAGCAGCUGUAUGCUAACGCUAUGCUUCAAUCGCACCCCCUUUACCUGCAGCAGCACCAGCAGCAGCAGCAGCAGCAGCUCUACGCCAACGCUAUGCUGCAAUCCGGCCAGCCCCAGUUCGUUCUCAUGCAGCGGCCCUACAUGCCACACUUUCCCCUUGGCUACAUGCAGGCCGGAGCGGCCGGGAAUGCAUCCACCUCAGCCCUGGCUCUCGCACAGGCACAGGCACAGGCCCAGGCCCAGGCUCAAGCGCAGGCGCAGCCGGCGUCGAUAAAGCGGUCGUACGAAAACGCCUUCCAGCAGGACGCAGCCGGAGCGGCGGCAGCAGCCAGCGCGGCCAAGCGGGCACUCACCCGCACGCCCAGUAGUGUCUACUCGUAUUACAAUCCUGGCAUUUGAGCCUGGAUUCAAGUCUCCGCUUACAAGUCGAUUGAGAGACAUCUCCAGCACUUCGUGCACAUUCCGCUCCGAUCCAAUCCGUUUUGCAAUGCAUAGUGAGUGGCGGCGGAGUGCUUUAUAAACAUAAACAAACAUAGACAUAAACACACAUCUAUCCACGAUCCACGAUCCACGCAUAUCAUGUUCCAUCAUGGCAACCCACAGCGACACACUCAUGCAUACCAGACAUAAUUUAGAGCUUAAUUUUAUAGCGAAUCGAUUUCGCUCCAGGAUUGGAACGGAAUGGAACGGGAGUAGCCCUAAGUACUUAAGUACUCUUCUUGUAUGGAGUACUCGUAGCAGCCUAAGCAUUCCUGUCUUUGGUCUAAGCAUAUACAUAUACAUAUACAUAUACAUAAUAUCGAUAGCAGACACGCGCACACACACACAUACAUAUGUACACAUAAUGUUGCACUGUUACUCACUCACACGCAUUUGAACACCCGCUAACAGAGGAUCCAAAAGAUCCCAAAAUUAUUUGCUCACUUUUGUUCCGCAUUCGGACGCUUGGUGUCUGUGUGUGUUUGCGUGUGUGUGUGUGGCGUGUGUGUGUUCGACAUUGUGGGAUCUGGGACGAAGAGAUCCUUUCCCCCUAUCCGAUUCGAAGGCAAUCAACAGAGGCUAAUGUCAUUCGUGGAGGAAGUGCGGCAUGGCCUGGGCCUUGCCCACGCCCAAGCCAUCGCCCAAUCAGUGCAAUCUAAUUUUAAUGUCUACUUCAGUCCACACUCGCACUCAUUCCACGAACGGCGUCAGGUGUUGGCUCAUGCGCUCAAAGUUAAGGAAAUUUAGAAAGAAAUUCUGUAAGACAAUAUAUUUGGAAUGUCCAUAAUACACGAUACACGCCUAGACAUAAGAUCGUACCACUUGUAAUAUUGGUUGGCAUUAAUUUUAAUCAGUCCGAAAUCCUUUCCUGUGUCUUUCGUUAUCUGAUCCGAGGCAGACCUUUUUUGUCUCUCUCAACGAAAAGCUAACCCCAGAUCAAACCCCAAUCCAAUCCACCCACUGACGUGCGUUCAAUAGUCGUUUAAUAUUCUCAUUGUGUUUUUGAAUUUGAUAUCGUGUGUACACACAUUGUAUAUUUAGCAUAAUCUAGAUCUAGAUGGUGUAGCUCUUAAGUGUGCGUAACUGGUGUUAGUCGCAAACGGGAAAUAUUUAUAUCACUGUCAAUAUAUUUUUCUGUGUGUUCUCCCCCUCUCCCACUUCCUGUCUCUUCCUCUCUCUCACUGUCAUUACUAAUUUAGUUAUUAGUCCAUGGAGGGAUCUACAUUCAUACAUACAUAUGUAGUCCUAGACCUAAGACCUGCUUAUCGUACGUUCGGGCGCUUUAGUGUCUAGUGUGUCUGGUCUAUGUACAUGAUAACGGUAACUGGUGUCUUGGGCUUUCAACCAAAUACACAAACACCCGUGCUUAUACUUAUGAGUAUAAGUACAAGGCGAUCGAAGAACGCAGAAUGUGGAAAUCCUUAUCCAUUUCAGCGCUCCCUCCUUUUUACUCCCUCUUCCAUACUAUCUCUCACACUAUCCUGGUACUGCUCCUGCUGCGUCUAACAUUCAGUUUCGUAUUGCUAAGAGGGGCAUAACGAAAGAAAGGCACGGGAAAGACUUGCCUAGCUUUUAAUCCUUAGCCUAAUUUAACCUUUAGCCUUUAGUAGUUUUUAUGCGAGUGCGAGUACGUGGCAAUCGUGGGGUUUGGGUUGGCAGAUCCUCCUCCAGCGGCCACUUUAAAGAUCUAAACCAGAUAAAAAUCCAAUUAUCUACUUAACUAGUUCGUACGCACAGCAACGUUUUUAUUGUGUAACACAUUUUAAGAUUUUGAUAUUCCAACUUUUUACCAUUAGCUCUUAGUGAUGAUCAAUCUUUGAUUAUUUUUUUUAUUUUACAUCAAUAAAAUAUCAACAUACCGCCUAAAAACUAUCAACGCUCGCUCUCUCUCUCUACUACACACUUUCUUUCACCCGGCCCCUCUAUCCCUUUCCCUCGUUCGUUGAUUAAGUGUAGAGGAUCGACCCCCCCCCCACACUAAUACCUACAGAAAUCCGCCUUUCCACACAAGAAUUACCUACUAAUCAAAGUGAAUUUUUUUUCUACGGGAUACAUUAGAUAACUUUUAUUACCUGUAGCCGUACUAUUCCCUAUAUCCCACCCACUAUAUCCCUCCCCCACUCAUAUAUGUACAUGUAACUGGGGUAUCGGGCUUGGGCUUAGCUUUAGACUCGAUCGCGUUUUCAGCGUUGCUGCUCCGCCCCGGAGCGGUUGGAGUUGGAACGACGGAGAUGGAAGCGGCAUUGGAAGUUUGUUUUGGGCUCUGUUUCCGUUUCCGUUUCCGUUUCGGUUUCUGUUUUGGUAAUACUCUCGUAACCCUAAGUGGAAUGUCCAUCAUGAACGUACCUAGUCAUAGACGCAUCUUGUAUGUAACUCUGUCCUCUGCCAGGCUGGCAGUUCUUCGGGUGCAUAAUCAAAUUUUAUUUCUAAAGGUUGGUGCUUGGAUUAAACAAAACAAAUCGAAACAAAGAAACUCAAAAUUCAAAACAACAAACUCAAAAAAUCGGCAAAUGUCUAAACUUACUCGUAUGUGCGCAAAUGUUUCAUGGUCUCUGGGUGAGGUGGUAAGAAUACCGAUACAAAUACAAUACCAAAUAUAUAUGUAUGUCUCUCCUACCAUUUGCAAUGUCUAAACGGUGAGUGUUUUGAAUCCAAUUUUACCUCUACUAAUCCCAACAUAAUUACUUGUACUAAGAUGAGGUCACACACUAACCCA